AUGGGUGACGAAGUUGACGACAGGAAAGAUGAAGAUCCCUGCUACGACUUUAUUCUUCAGUACAUUUUGAAGAUGAAUAAACUUAAAAUGGAUGUAUGGCAGCGCAUGAAGGCUACAAAGGAGUACAAGAAUACCAUUCAAAGGUUCUUCGACACCCCAACGGAGAACCUACUUCUCGUGGAACUGUCGCCAGCAAGUGUCUUGAUACCUCACUUGACGAUACAGUUCAAUUUCAAAUCGAAGUAUCACUAUUUUUUGAAAAAUCAAGCGGUUAAGAUUAGCAAGGACAACUGCUCGACUGCGAUGAUUGCGGGUGAAAUGACGCCCAGAUCCUUCGACGACUUAGCUACCGUCAUAGAAGAGAUCUUCAUCCCGAUUCUCGCGGACCCCGAGGAAUACAAUUCCUGGCCGGAGGUGAUCGCCGAGGACGUGAGAAAUCACAUCUACGAGCUUCGCAGCCUGAUAUGCCAAAUCCGAAGCAAAGUGAGCGGCGAGACGAUGCUGCCGAUGCCGAUGGGCACCGAGCGCGUGUUCGCGGAAGGUGCCGUACCGCCUCGGCUGCGUCGCAGCAUCGAGGAGGUGGUGAUCAAGUGGGCCGAGCUGAUCGGCGAGGUGCUCGCCGAGGACAGCAGCCAAGCUCUCGAGCAGGAGGAGCAGCCUCUGCCCAAGUCAGAGCUGCAAUUCUGGAGAAAGCGGUUGAAGAACGUCGAGUCCAUCUACGACCAGCUGAGGGAUCCGCGAGUGAAGAAGAUGGGCAAAAUCCUGGAAAAGUCGAAGAGCACGUACUUACCGAGCCUGCGCAAGAUCUUCGAAGACGUCGUCGGAGCCGUGGUCGAGGCUCGCGACGUCUGCCUGCACCUGCUGCCCCUGGAGAAGCACUUCCAGGACAUCGAGAGCCAGUCGGACCUGCCGAGCAUCGAGCCCAAGCUCAAGCCCAUGCUGCACUGCAUCUGCUUGACCUGGGCUCGCUCCAAGUACUACUGCAAGAGCGUGCGCAUCGUCACGCUCUUCAAGGAAAUCAACAACCUCGUACUGCUGCAGGCCAUGGACUACUUGGACUCGCUGUUCCAAGGCGAGGCCGAGGACAGCCUGAAGAAGAUCGCGCGCGGGGUGGCCGUCAUCGAGAACUUCCAGGACCUGUACGAAAGCUUUCGCGUCCGAGUGAGCAGCUACUUCAAGCACUCGCGCGAGCCGCUCGGCUGGAACUUCCACGAGAAGCUGAUCUUCGACAGACUGCUCAAGUUCUUGUCGAGGGUGAAGCAAGUGAAGUCGCUCCUCGAGGUGGCGCAGGAGUACUUCAGACUGGAGAAAAUCGAGAUAGCCGGGCUGCGGGGCAAGAAGCUCGGCGCCCUGGUCCUCGAGGUUUACGAGGAGUUCGUCAAGCGUUACGCCGAGUUCGCCAACGUCGGCUACGAGAUGCUGCUCCCCGAGGAGGACACCUUCGAUCGCGAUUACGAGAUUUUCCUGAAGCAGAUCGAGGAGUACGACCGCAGACUGGCGACCAUUCUCGACCGAGCCUUCGCCGAGUGCCACACGAUAGAAAGCAUCUACAAAUUCACCGUGAACGUCGGCACGAUCGUCUCGCGGCCGAUCAUAUUCCGCCAGCUGUGGCCGUACUACGAUAAGCUCUUGAGAAAGCUGCACGCCGAGCUGGACGCGGCCAAGCUGAUCUUCGACGAGAACGCGAGGCUCUACGAUAGCACCGGGCGCAUGGUCAUCGACGAGGGAUUCCCGCCGGUGGCCGGUAUGCUGGCCUUCUUGAGGAGGCUCCAGACGCGCGUCCGGCUGCCGCUGGACUGGGUCCGCUCUGUCGAUCAUCCGCUGAUGCAGUCGGAGUCGAUGGCGAUCGCGGUCGGCAAGUACGAGCAGCUCGAGGAGCUGGCGGCCCAGAGGGAGCGCGAUAUCUUCGCGGGCUGGGCCGAGGCAGUGCCGGAAUGGUGCGAGCUUGGCUUGGCCAAGACUCUGCUGGACAAGGACGAGGACGACGCUUUGUCCGUGAACCUGGACGCGGACUUGGCCAUGGUUUUGCGCGAGUCCAGGUAUCUGAUCAUGAUCGUCGAAAAGACGGAUCUGCCGGCCGAGGCUCUGGACGUGUUCGCGAGAUCCGUGUUCUUUUCCGAGUGCAACGUCAAGCUCGGCAACAUCUCCAGCCGGUACAACGACGUCAACACCACCACUUCGGACAUUGAAAAGUUCUUGCUGGCCGAAGAAAUGCAGGCCAUAGACGAGAUGAUAGAUUACAGCCAGAAGAACUACACGUGGAAUUCGCCUGAGGCGAGCGAGUUCGUGGACAAGCUGGACGAGAUGCUGGGCAGCCUGUCAUCGCGCGUGAAAAAGGCCCAGCUCAACCUGUCGCAGCUGCGAGAGCGGCUGGACGCCUGGGCCUCGACGCCGGCGAUCACGCGCAAGGACAACAAGCGGUGCCAGCUGCUUGCCGUCGUCGAGCGCAAGGAGAUCUUCGAGAAGCGGUACCAGGUGGUCGGCGCCGACGCCGGGGAAAUCGAGCGCGUCCUCGACGAGAACUACCAGCUGUACUUUGACCUGGUGCCGGAGGCGGCGCUCGCGGAGCAGCCGCGCCCGGAACCGGAGGACAGCGGCGAGGCCGACGAGGACGACAAGCAGUGAGGCGCCGCGGCCAAGGAGGACGCGGGACUCGGGGACGAGGUCGCCGAGGCCGUGGAGGAGGCGGCGCUCGAGCAGCCGGAGUCGCAGCCGUCGGCGACGGCCUCGGAGCUGCUCCGCCGCGAGGAGGAGGCGGCCCUGGAGGCCGAGCGCGAGCAGCAGCGCCGCCAGAAGUACGCCCGGUACCUAGCUUUCGUCGACGAGCUCGUGGCCGGGGUUCUCGUCCGGGCUGCUUUGUCGAGCAUCGGCUACGUCGUCGCGGAGACCGAGGCGACGGCCGACAUCGAGCCGCUCUUCGAGAUCCAGCUGCUGCUGGAGGAGCCCAGCCUGGUCUUCCGCCCGUCCGCCGACAUCGAUCAUCCCGAGGGCUUCUACGCGCUCUACGAGGACAUCAUGCUCGACGUCAUGCGGAUGGCUACCCUCGUGCCGCGGGUCGACCCGGAAAAGAUGGUCGAGCGCGAGUUCUACACGGUGGACCUGGCCGAAAACCCAGACAUCGUAGACAUGCUCGAGGAAACCUCGUCGCGAGUGAAAAGAGCGCUGAGCGAAGCCGUGGCGUACUCGCGGAAAUACGACUAUUUCGCGUGGCUGUGGACGGAGGACAGGCAAGAGUAUCUGCAGCUGUUCCUGCGAUUCGCGCGCGAGCUGACCGAGAGCGAGAAGGAGCGCGUGGCUCAGGCCGACGACGACGAGGUGCUCGUCGAUAUGCCCGACAAGAAGCCACAGCUCGACGACUUCAAGCGCGAGCUGGAUCGGUUCCGCGAGCUGUACGACCAGAGCCGUAGCAUCGAGGACGUGGCGCUCUUCGACAAGUGGCUCAGGGUCAACGUCAGGCCUCUGAAGCAGAGCAUAUUGAACAACGUGUGCAAGUGGUCCAAUCUCCUGAAGCAGUACCUCGUCCAGCGCGUGCACAAGACCCUGGACGAGAUAGCGGACUUUUUGAGGAAAGCCCACACGAGAUUCUCGACGCCCGUGGCCGAGGACGACUACGACGCUCUGCUCGACACGAUCUACUACUUGAAGGAAGUCCGCGAUCGGACCUUCGAAAUCGACGAAGCGUUCGAGCCGCUGAAACUGACGAUCCAACUGCUGGCCGAGUACCGAGUGGAAUUCGAGGAGGAGAUUCGCGACCAACUGAUGCAAUUGCCUGAGUUUUGGAGCAGUGUGAAAAAGCUGGGAGCUCAAGUGAAGCAGACCGUGGCGCCCUUGCUAGCUACGCAGAUCGACUGGCUGAAGAAGAAGUUCGUCUGGUUCGAGUACCGACAGAGGAAAUUGUUGGACAAGUUCCGCGUCAACGAAGUUUUCGACCCGGCGUGCGAGGAUCCGUACUUCUGCCUCGAUGAGAUCAACGAGAAGGUGCAAGAACUGGUGGACGAACUGCGCGAAUUGUCGCGCACGGCCAACAUAUUCGAGCAGCCGACACCCGAGUUCAAAGAGCUAAAUCAAUUACGCCAGGAAAUAAAGAUGAUAAAGAACCUUUGGGACUACGCCAAUGUCGUCAUGUCCAAUAUUUCCGAGUGGAAGAAGACCGUUUGGAAGAAGCUGGACAUCGAGGGAAUGGACGUCGAGUGCAAAAAAUUCACCAGAGAAUUGAGGCUUCUCGACAAAGAAGUGAAAAGCUUGGAGUUGUACAAGUUUAUCGACGCGCAAUUGAAAAACAUGAUGUCGUCGUUGAGAUCGGUGUCAGAACUCCAAAACCCGGCCAUCAGGCAAAGACAUUGGCAUCAGCUUAUGGCCGAGACAAAGGUCAAGUUCACCAUGAACGACCGAACGACACUGGAGGAGCUGCUGAGGCUCGAACUCCACAAGUACGAGGAAGAGGUGAAGAAUAUCGUCGAUAAGGCGGUGAAGGAGAUGGGCAUGGAAAAGGUAUUGAACGAAUUGCAAGUUACGUGGAGUCAAAUGGAAUUUGAGAAGGAGCCGCACGAGAGAACGCGCUUGAAUGUUCUGCGAAUCAACGAAGAAGUUAUCGACACGUUGGAAGAAAACCAAGUGCAAUUGCAAAACAUGCUAGGAUCCAAAUUCAUCGGGCAUUUCUUGAAAGAGGUUUCGGAUUGGCAGCAGAAGCUGAGCAAUGCCGACGCGGUGAUAAGCAUCUGGUUCGAGGUGCAAAGGACAUGGAUGCAUCUCGAGAGUAUAUUCAUUGGCUCGGAAGACAUCAGAAGUCAGCUGCCCGACGACUCGAAACGUUUCGAAAAACUCGAUCGGGACUUCAAGGACUUGCUCAGGGACGUAGGCUCGAACUUGAAUAUAAUCAAAGCAACGAACAAGCCCUAUCUGCUCGGCAAGCUAGAAGAGAUCGAAAGGCAGCUGAAUCUGUGCGAGAAAGCUCUGACCGACUAUUUGGAAACAAAGCGAUUGGCCUAUCCGCGAUUCUAUUUCGUGUCGCCGGCCGAUCUCUUGGACAUUUUGAGCAAUGGAAACAACCCCGAAUUGGUCUGCCGACACUUGUCGAAGCUAUACGACUCGGUGGCUAAUUUGAAAUGGAGGAUCGAGGGUGGUAAAUCCUCGAAAACAGCGAAUGCGAUCGUGGCGAAGGACGGCGAGGUGAUGAAGAUGAACGGCGUCUGCGACUGCAGCGGAAAGGUGGAGAUCUGGCUGAACCGUGUGACGGAGGCGAUGAGGCGCACGGUGCGCUACCACUUCAGCCAAGCGGUCAACUCGUACGCGGAGAAGCCGCGCGAGCAGUGGCUGUUCGACUACGAGGCGCAGCCGGCGCUCUGCGGCACGCAAAUCUGGUGGACGAGCGAGGUGAACAUGGCCUUCGCCCAGCUGGAGGAGGGCUCGGAGAAUGCUCUGAAAGACUACCAGAAGAAGCAGGUGGCGCAGCUGAACGCCCUGAUCGGACUGCUGAUCGGCGAGCUGACGGACAACGACCGGCAGAAGAUCAUGACGAUCUGCACGAUAGACGUGCACGCGCGCGACGUGGUCGCCAAGCUGAUCUCGAUGAAGGCGGAAAGCGCGCUGAGCUUUCAGUGGCAGUCGCAGCUGCGCCACCGCUGGGACGACAAGCUGGCCGACUGCUUCGCCAACAUCUGCGACGCGUGCUUCGCCUACGCCUACGAGUACCUGGGCAACACGCCGCGGUUGGUGAUCACGCCGCUGACCGACCGCUGCUACAUCACGCUCACGCAGUCGCUGCACCUGGUGAUGGGUGGCGCGCCGGCCGGCCCGGCCGGCACCGGCAAGACCGAGACCACCAAGGACCUGGGCCGUGCCCUCGGCCAGAUGGUCUACGUGUUCAACUGCUCCGAGCAGAUGGACUACAAGUCCUGUGGCAAUAUCUACAAGGGGCUGGCGCAGACGGGCGCCUGGGGCUGCUUCGACGAGUUCAACCGCAUCAGCGUGGAGGUGCUGUCGGUGGUGGCGGUGCAGGUCAAGUGCGUGCUCGACGGCAUCAAGAGCCGCCGGCGGACCUUCGUGUUCUUCGACCAGGAGCUAAACCUGGUGCCGUCGGUGGGCAUGUUCAUCACGAUGAACCCCGGCUACGCCGGGCGCACCGAACUGCCGGAGAACCUCAAGGCGCUGUUCCGGCCGUGCGCCAUGGUCGUGCCCGACUUCGAGCUCAUCUGCGAGAUCAUGCUGGUGGCCGAGGGCUUCCAGGAGGCGCGCCUGCUCGCCCGCAAGUUCAUCACACUCUACACCCUCUGCCGCGAGCUGCUCUCCAAGCAGGACCACUACGACUGGGGCCUGCGGGCCAUCAAGUCCGUGCUCGUGGUCGCCGGAAAGCUCAAGCGCGGCGACCGAUUGCGCCCCGAGGACCAGGUGCUCAUGCGCGCCCUGCGCGACUUCAACACUCCCAAGAUCGUCACCGACGACGUGCCCGUCUUCAUGGGCCUCAUCGGCGACCUCUUCCCUGCCCUCGACGUGCCCCGUAAGCGCGACCUACACUUCGAGGAGGAAGUCAAGCAGGCCACUCUCGACCUGAAUCUGCAGCCGGAGGACGGCUUCAUACUGAAGGUCGUGCAACUCGAAGAGCUGCUGUUCGUGAGGCACUCGGUCUUCAUCGUCGGCUUCGCCGGUACGGGAAAGUCGCAGGUCUGGAAAACGCUCUUCCGCACCUACCUGAAUCAGAAGCGCAAGCCGUACUUCAACGACCUCAAUCCGAAAGCUGUGACCAACGACGAGCUGUUCGGCGUCAUCAAUCCAGCUACCAGAGAAUGGAAGGAUGGUCUGGUGUCCGUGCUGAUGAGAGACCAGGCAAACAUGAGCGGCGACGGCCCGAAGUGGAUCAUUUUCGACGGCGACAUCGACCCAAUGUGGAUCGAAUCGCUCAACACCGUCAUGGACGACAACAAAGUGCUCACUCUUGCUAGCAAUGAGCGUAUCGCGCUCACGAAGCAGAUGCGCCUGCUCUUUGAAAUUUCCAACUUGAGGACGGCGACCCCCGCGACCGUCUCGCGAGCUGGUAUUUUGUACAUCAACCCGCAGGACCUCGGAUGGAGCCCGUUUGUGCAGAGCUGGAUCGACACGCGUCACGUGAACGAGCGCGGCAACUUGCUGGUGCUAUUCGAAAAGUACAUUCCGCCGCUUCUGGAGGCGACGAAAUUGAGAUUCAAAAAGAUAACGCCCAUCCCGGAAAUCGCUCAUUUGGAGAUGCUCUGCAAUCUACUGGAUUGCUUCUUGGUCAAGGAAAACGUGCCAGCUGACUGCCCGAAGGAAUGGUACGAGUUGUACUUCUGCUUCUGCUGCAUCUGGGCGUUCGGCUCGGCAAUGUUCCAAGACCAGCUGGUCGACUGGCGAAACGAGUUUAGUAAGUGGUGGCAGAGUGAGUUCAAGUCCGUGAAAUUUCCCUCGGGCGGCUCGGUCUUCGGGUACUUCAUCGACUCGGAGACCAAGAAACUGCUGCCUUGGGACGAGAAGGUCGGCAAGUUCGACCUCGACACCGACAUCCCCCUGCAGGCGACGCUGGUGCCGACCGCCGAGACGAUCCGCAUUCGCUUUUUCAUGGACAUGCUGAUGGCCAAGAAAGUGCCGGUCAUGCUGAUCGGCAGUGCGGGAUCAGGCAAAAGCGUCAUCGUGGCCGACAAAUUGUCCAGCUUGCCCGACAACUAUAAUAUCGCAAAUGUGCCCUUCAACUAUUACACGACCUCCGAAAUGUUGCAAAGAGUUCUGGAAAAGUACCUGGAAAAGAAGGCCGGUCGUAAUUACGGCCCACCUGGCUCCAAGUCGUUGGUUUACUUCAUUGACGACUUGAACAUGCCCGAAGUCGACACGUACGGCACAGUUCAGCCGCACACGAUUAUACGCCAACACAUGGACUACGCCCAUUGGUACGACAGGCAGAAAUUCACGCUGAAGGACGUUCACAAUACUCAGUACGUCUCCUGCAUGAAUCCCACCGCCGGAAGCUUUACGAUUGAUCCUCGACUCCAGCGACACUUUGCUGCUUUCGCAGUCAGUUUUCCUGGGCGCGAAGCUCUAGUCACGAUUUACAGUCAGAUAUUGGAGCAGCAUCUGAGUUACCCGUUGCACAAAAUCAAUCCGGCGAUCGGCAAACUGUUGGACGCCUUUAUAGAUACGACUCUCUAUAUGCACGACAAAGUUACAACUUCCUUCUUGCCAACGGCCAUCAAGUUCCACUACGUUUUCAAUCUCCGAGAUCUGUCAAACAUAUUCCAAGGUAUCUUGUUUUCAACUGGCAAUACCAUACCGGACAGCAUAGCAUUCUUGCGUUUAUAUGUACACGAAGCUAACAGAGUGUAUUGUGACAAGCUCGUCGACAGCGAAGACAAAAAUCUCUUUGAUCAACUUCUCCGAGAUUCUUUGAGAAAAUACAUUCCUAUGCUGGAGGAAGACAAAGUUUUUGCCGAUCCAAUAAUUUUCUGCCACUUCGCCGAGGGUGUUGGCGAUCCAAAGUACAUGCCAAUACGCGAUUGGCCGCACCUUGAAAAGUUGCUUAGCGACGUUCUCCUGAAUUAUAACGAGUUGGUUUCUGCCAUGAAUCUGGUAAUGUUCGAGGAUGCGAUGUAUCACGUUUGCCGCAUCAAUCGGAUAUUAGAAGCGCCAAGAGGUAACGCGUUGCUUGUCGGUGUUGGUGGGAGUGGAAAGCAGUCCUUGUCGAGGAUCGCGUCUUUCAUCUCCACAUUGGAAGUCUUUCAAGUUCAACUGAGGAAGGGCUACUCGCUGAAUGAUUUGAAAGCGGAUCUGGCUGUGCUGUACAUGAAAGCGGGUGUUAAAAAUAUUGGCAUGACAUUCCUCAUGACGGAUUCGCAAGUGGCGCAGGAAAAGUUUCUGGUCGUCGUCAACGACAUGUUAGCUUCCGGCGAGAUACCAGAUCUUUUCCCCGAUGAUCAAAUCGAAGGCAUCAUCAAUGCGAUGAGAAAUGAGGUAAAACAAGCCGGAAUGCUAGAUACAAAGGAGACCUGCUGGAAAUUCUUCAUUGACAAAGUGCGAAGGCAGCUGAAAUGCGUCUUGUGCUUCUCGCCCGUGGGGGCGACAUUGCGUAAAAGAGCUCGUCAAUUUCCAGCCAUCGUCAAUUGCACGUCGAUCAAUUGGUUUCAAGAUUGGCCCCAAGAAGCCUUGGAGUCCGUCUCAUCGCAGUUCCUCGCAGAACUCGAGACACUUCCUGCAGAUUUCAGAAAACCAGUUUCACUGUUCAUGUCAUUUGUUCACACUUGCGUGAACGAGGUGUCGAAAUUAUACCUGCAGAACGAAAAGCGAUACAAUUAUACCACUCCGAAAUCCUUCCUCGAGCAAAUUGCCUUGUACGGAAAACUCCUGAAAGAGAAAUCGUUCAACUUGAAAGCGAUGAUCGAGAGACUGGAGAACGGCUUGGAAAAGCUGUUGUCUUGUGCUAGUCAAGCCGACAAAUUGAAAGAAGUUUUGGCAGUACAAGAGGUUGAGCUGAAGAAGAAGAACGACGUUGCCGAUAAAAUUCUGGCCGAAGUGACUGCUGAGAACAACAAAGCUGAAGUUGAAAAAGCAUUCGUGACUGAGGAGGAAGCGAAAGUCGCCGAAAUCAAGGAGGUGGUGUCUCAGAGGCAGAAAAAUUGCGACGAAGACUUGGCCAAAGCAGAGCCGGCCGUUCGACAAGCCGAGGCGGCUCUGGACACCUUGAACAAGGGCAAUCUCACGGAGUUGAAGGCUUUUGCUUCGCCGCCGCCGGCGGUGUCGAAGGUGGCGGAGGCUGUGUUGGUGCUGUUCUCACCGAAGGGCAAAGUGCCAAAAGACCGCAGCUGGAAAGCUUGCAAGGCGAUGAUGGGCAGCGCCGAUCAGUUCCUGUCCAACCUAAGAAAUUACAACAAGGAGAAUAUCCAUGCGGAUGUGGUGAAAGCCAUUCAGCCGUACAUCAACGACAAAGAGUUCGAUCCGGAUUUCAUCCAGACCAAGUCUCAAGCGGCUGCCGGUAUAUGCAGUUGGGUGAAAAACGUCAUGGUGUUCCACUACAUAAACGAGGACGUAAAGCCGCUGAGGCAGGCUCUGGCCGCAGCCAAUGCCGAGCUAAAGGCCGCCAUGGACAAGCUGAACGCUCUGCGGGCUCGUAUGGCGGUGCUGCAAAAGGUGCUGGACGCGCUGGGCGAGAAAAUGGACAUCGCCAUGGCCGAGAAGCAGAAGUGCCAGGCGGAGGCCGACGCGACGGCGACGGCGAUAGACUUGGCGAACCGACUAGUCAACGGUCUGGCCUCGGAGAAAGUCCGCUGGGCGGAGACGGUCGAGCAGCUGAAGGAGUCCGGCGUGAAAAUACCCGGAGACGUGCUGCUGGUCACGGCCUUCAUCUCGUACGUCGGCUGCUUCAGCCGCAAAUACCGCUUGGACCUGCUCAACGUGCACUGGAUCCCGUACUUGAGCGGGCUGGCCACUCCGAUACCCAGAACCGAGGACAUGGACCCGCUGAGCAUGCUCACCGACGAUGCCCAGAUCGCCCAGUGGAACAACGAGGGCCUGCCCACCGACAGGAUGUCCGCGGAGAACGCGACCAUACUCACCAACUCGGCGCGCUGGCCGCUCAUGAUCGAUCCCCAGCUACAAGGCAUCAAGUGGAUCAAGAACAAGUACGGCGACGAGCUCAUGGUGCUGCGCCUCACGCAUCGAAGCUACCUGGACAGGAUCGAGAUGGCUAUCAGCAACGGCCAAGUGGUCCUCCUGGAGAACAUAAUGGAGAGCGUCGACGCCGUGCUCGAUCCGAUUUUGGGCCGAGUCCUGGUGAAGAAGGGCCGGGCGAUGAAAAUCGGUGACCGAGAAGUGGAUUACAACCCGGACUUUCGGCUGAUACUCCAGACGAAGCUGGGCAAUCCGCACUACAAGCCCGAAAUGCAAGCUCAGACGACUCUGAUCAACUUCACGGUGACUCAGGACGGUCUGGAGGAGCAGCUGCUUGGCGAGGUCGUCAAGGCCGAGAGGCCCGACCUGGAGGCUACUAAAUCCGAGCUCACCAAGCAGCAGAACACCUUCAAGAUCACACUGAAAAGCUUGGAAGACGAGCUACUGCACAGGCUGUCGACCGCGGGACCGAACGUACUGAGCGACGUGGCCUUGGUCGAGAAUUUGGAGACGACCAAGCGCACCGCCGCCGAGAUCGAGAUCAAAGUCGUGGAGGCGAGAGUCACGUCCGUGAAGAUCGACGAGGCGCGCGAGUGGUAUCGACCGGCUGCUUCGAGGGCCAGUUUGCUCUACUUUAUCCUGAAUGACCUCAGCAAAAUCAACAUGCUCUACCAGUUCUCGCUGAAAGCGUUUAACGUGGUCUUUCAGAACGCCAUCAAGUUCGCCGUGCCAGCCGACGGCAUUAGCAAACGCGUCGUCAAUCUGAUCGACAGCAUCUCGUACCUAGUGUUCGUGUACACCAGCAGAGGACUGUUCGAGGCCGACAAGCUGACCUUUCUCUGCCAGAUGGCUAUUCAGAUACUCCUGCAAACGAACGAGAUCAGUCGAACGGAAGUGGACUUUCUGCUGCGCUACCCCUGCGACCCGAACGUCCUCAGUCCCGUGGACUUCCUCAGCCACGCUGGCUGGGCUGGCAUCAAACUGCUGAGUAACCAGGAGGACUUGGCGAAUUUGGACAAGGACAUCGAAGGCGCGGCCAAGCGCUGGAAGAAGCUGGUCGAGUCGGAGAAGCCCGAGAGGGAGAAGUUUCCCUCCGAGUGGAAGAACAAGACGGCCUUUCAGAGGCUGUGCAUGAUGCGCUGUCUGCGCCUCGAUCGCAUGACCUAUGCCGUCAAGUGCUUCGUCGAAGAGAAGCUGGGUGCCAAGUUCAUCGAGUCGCGCUCGCCGCCCUUCGAGAAGACCUUUGAGGAAACCUCCUCGAUCACGCCGGUGUUCUUCAUCCUAUCACCCGGCGUGGACCCCCUCAAAGACGUGGAGCGGCUGGGCAAGCGGCUGGGCUUCACCGCGGAGGCGCGCAAGUUCCACAACGUGUCGCUGGGCCAAGGCCAGGAGCCGGUGGCCGAGUCGGCCAUGGACUUGGCCGCGAGCGAGGGCCACUGGGUGAUCCUGCAGAACGUGCAUCUGGUGAGGAGCUGGCUGCCGAACCUGGAGAAGAAGCUGGAACAGCUGUCGGAAGAGCCCCACGACAGCUAUCGGCUGUUCAUCAGCGCCGAGCCCAGCGCCGACCCCCACGAGUCCAUCAUUCCCCAGGGAAUACUGGAGUCGGCGAUCAAGGUGACCAACGAGCCGCCUACGGGCAUGCAGGCCAACAUCCACAAGGCCCUGGACAACUUCAACCAGGAGACUCUGGAGAUGUGCAGCAAGGAGUCCGAGUUCAAGGCCAUCCUGUUCGCGCUCUGCUACUACCACGCCGUCGUGGCGGAGAGACGGCGGUUCGGGCCGCAAGGCUGGAACAGGGUCUAUCCGUUCAACUUCGGCGACCUGACGAUCAGCGUAUCGGUACUGCUGAAUUACCUGGAGAACAACAGUCGUGUGCCCUGGGAGGACUUGCGCUACUUGUUCGGCGAGAUCAUGUACGGAGGCCAUAUCACCGACGACUGGGAUCGUCGGCUCUGCCAAACCUACCUCCUCGAGUACCUCAAGCCCGAGCUGGUCGAGGCCGAUCUGAACUUUGCGGCUGGCUUCGUUGCGCCACCCAACUCCGACUACCUGGCCUACCACCAGUACGUCGAUGACUUCCUGCCAGCCGAGAGCCCGCUGCUCUACGGUUUGCACCCCAACGCGGAAAUAGGCUUCCUGACGGUCACGGCCGAGAACCUGUUCCGCACCGUGCUGGAGAUGCAGCCGCGAGACGCCGGGGAGAGCGCCGGCGCCGGCAUGUCGCGCGAAGACAAGGUCAAGGCGCUCAUCGAGGACCUGCUGGACAAGGUACCCGAAGAGUUUAACAUCCUCGAACUGAUGACCAAGGUGGAGGAAAGGACCCCCUACACGAUCGUCGCUAUCCAGGAGUGCGAGCGCAUGAACAUCCUGUGCGACGAAAUGCGACGCUCUCUGCGCGAGCUGGAGCUCGGCCUGAAAGGAGAGCUAACCAUCAACGCUGACAUGGAAGACCUGCAGAACUACUUGUUCAUGGACGUGGUUCCGCCCUCGUGGACCAAACGGGCCUAUCCCUCGACCCUCGGCCUUAACAACUGGUUCGCCGAUCUGAUCAACAGGCAGAGCGAGCUACAGGCCUGGACCAGCGACUUCAGCUUGCCCGCGACUGUGUGGUUGGCCGGCUUCUUCAAUCCGCAGUCCUUCCUCACCGCGAUUAUGCAGCAGACUGCGCGCAAGAACGAAUGGCCUCUCGAUAAAAUGUGCCUCUAUUGUGAUGUUACCAAGAAGCAGAAGAACGAGUUUAACAGCCCACCUCGGGAGGGUGCCUACAUAAAUGGCCUCUUCAUGGAAGGCGCACGGUGGGACACUGCCGUCGGCUCGAUCAUGGAUUCGCGUCUCAAGGAGCUGUUCCCGCUCAUGCCCGUCGUCUACAUCAGGGCUAUCACGCAGGACAAGCAGGACCUCAAAAACGUCUACGAGUGUCCCGUCUACAGGACCAGGUCGCGUGGCCCCACCUUCGUCUGGACCUUCAAUCUUAAGACAAGAGAUAAAUCCACCAAGUGGACCCUUGCUGGCGUUGCUAUUUUGUUGCAAACCUGAUUUCCAUCUUAUUUUUACUUUUCUUUUAGUUUCUUAUUUUCUGUCUUCGUUUCUCU